GAGGGCGGGAGGAGCCCCUCGGCUGGGCUCGGCGGCGAACCCGCUGACAAAGGCGGAGCAGCGGCAGAGCCAGGGCCGCCCCCGCCCCCGGCAGCGGGGCCCGGCGGCGCCGGCGGGCAGCGCGGGGCUGGGGCGCUCGCACAAGAUGGCGGUGGGGCGGCGGGAGAGCGCGCUCCCCUCUUAGAUGCGGCCGCGGCGGCCCCUGCUCCCGGCGCCCGGCGGGGUUUACAUGGCGCUGGAGGACCUGCUUUGUCUCUGCUUCUCCGCCCUCGCCGUCCUGGCCGUGCAAGGGAGGCUGUCGGAAGGGGAUUCUCUGGAGCUGAGCUGUAGUGCCGGUCCUGCAAAAGUGAUACUGGAGCCAAAGCAAGUCGUGGUUUUGGACUGUAACCUGGCCCCUGUUGAGCAGGUGAUCAAUAUUACGUGGAAGAAGAAUGGGUUUCCAUUAGUGGAGCAGGAACAUCUCCACGUGCUUCCGAAUGGAUCGCUCUUCAUCUCAUCCCAGGCUGUGGCAAAGGACAGUAAAUAUCCUGAGAGGGCUGGUGCUGAGGGUAAUUACUCCUGCGUGUCUCACAGCUCCCUAGGGGCUGUCACCAGUCAAACGGCUGCAGUCAGAUUUUCAACAUUAUCACGCUUUUUCCAACAGCCGGAGUCGCAGACAGUGGAAGAAAAUGGCAUGGCCCGGUUUGAGUGUCGGAUCGAAGGACUGCCCUCCCCUGUCAUCACGUGGGAGAAGGACCAUGAAGCUGUUCCAGCAGAACCCAGGUUUAUAACCCUUCCAAAUGGUGUCCUCCAAAUCGUGGAUGUGCAGGAGAGUGAUGCUGGGUCUUACCACUGCGUGGCAACCAAUGCUGCCCGAAAACGCUACAGCAAUGAUGCAGUCCUCAGUGUCCUGAAAGGUUCCCAGCCAGCGGGAGGAGAUGUCACCAUUAUUGCUGCUCCAGAGAACACCACGGUGGUGGCCGGGGAGAGCGUGGUGAUGGAGUGCAUGGCAGCUGCUGAUCCCACCCCCUUCGUCUCCUGGAUACGACAGGAUGGAAAGCCCGUUUCUACAGAUGUGAUUGUGCUGGGCCGGACAAAUCUCCUCAUUCCUUCCAGCCAGCCCCAUCACUCAGGGGUGUACGUCUGCCGUGCUAACAAACCCCAGACCAGGCAGUUUGUUACAGCUGCAGCUGAGCUACGGGUCCUUGCUACACCCAGUAUCUCCCAGGCUCCUGAAACCAUCUCACGCACCAGAGCCAGCACGGCCCGGUUUGUCUGUAAGGCAGAGGGUGAACCAGCCCCAACCAUUCACUGGCUAAAGAACGGCGAGGCCAUCCUCUCCAAUGGGCGGGUGAAGGUGCAGAGCAGCGGGAGCCUCGUGAUCAAUCAGAUCGGGUUGGAGGAUGCUGGCUACUAUCAGUGCGUGGCUGAGAACAGCUUGGGCAUGGCUUGUGCCACUGCCAAGCUCUCAGUGAUCGUGCGGGAGGGAUUGCCCAGCGCUCCCAAGAAGGUGUCAGCCGUGUCCCUCUCCAGCACCACAGUCCUUGUCUCCUGGGAGCGGCCAGAGUACAACAGCGAGCAGAUCAUUGGCUUCUCGUUACAUUACCAGCGGGCUGUGGGAACAGAUAACGUGGAAUACCAGUUUGCUGUCAAUAAUGAUACCACUGAGCUGCAAGUCAAGGACCUAGAACCCAAUACCAACUAUGUCUUCUACGUGGUUGCAUAUUCUCAGCUUGGAGCCAGCCGGACAUCCUCUUCCAUCAUUGUCCAGACCCUGGAGGACGUUCCUAGUGCUGCCCCUCAGCUGUCCCUUUCGAGCAUGACUCCUGGUGACAUCCGUGUGACAUGGCUGCCUCCUCCUCCAGAGCUGAGUAACGGCAGGAUAACCAAGUACAAGAUUGACUACUGCACCCUCAAGGAAGAUCAGGUUACCUCCAUUGAAGUGGGUGGAAACGAGACACAAAUCACUCUCUACUCGCUCCAUCCCAACAAAGUGUACAAAGUUCGCAUCUCAGCCAGCACCAGCGUGGGCUAUGGGGCCCCUUCUGAGUGGACCCAGCAUCGGACUCCUGACAGAGACAACCAGACGCAUGUUCCAUUUGCCCCGACAGAAUUAAAAGUCCGGGCAAAGAUGGAGUCUCUCCUGAUAACGUGGCAGCCCCCAGCCAACCAUGCCCAGAUAUCUGGCUACAAGCUCUACUACCGAGAAGUGGGCCCAGAGGAGUCCAGCGAUGAAAGCCCUUUGGAUGGCGCUGAAGAUGAGAGCUGGGACGUAGGACCCAUAAAACUAAAGAAGAAAGUGAAGCAGUAUGAGCUGACUCGACUAGCUCCUGGGAGACUCUAUGAGGUGAAGCUGGUGGCAUUCAAUAAGCACGAAGAUGGUUAUGCAGCAGUUUGGAAGGGCAAAACAGAAAAGGCACCUGCAGCAGCAGUAGAUCCCCCUGUGCAGAAGGGUCCUCCGCUGCCUCCAGUCCAAGUCUAUGCAGAGUCCAACAGCUCAACUUCCAUAUGGCUCAGGUGGAAGAAACCUGACUUCACAACGGUCAAAAUUGUCAACUACACCGUGCGCUUCAGCCCCUGGGGCCUGAAAAACGCUUCUCUUGUUACGUACUACACAAGCUCGGAUGAAGACAUUCUCAUUAGUGGGUUGAAGCCCUACACCAGGUACGAGUUUGCUGUGCAGUCCAAUGGUGUUGGCAUCGAUGGGCCCUUUGGCAGCGUGGUAGAGCGGUUCACCCUUCCUGACCGUCCCUCAACUCCUCCAUCUGACCUGCGGCUGCAUCCCCUCAACCCCUAUGCUGUCCAGGUGCACUGGUGCCCCCCUGUCGAGCCCAAUGGCAUCAUUGUGGAGUAUCUCAUCCUGUAUAAUGCCAACAACACGCAGCCAGAUGACAUGUGGACCUUGCUGACACGAGAAGGAAAUAUCUUCAGCACGGAAGUGCAUGGCCUGGAGAGUGACACCAGAUACUUCUUCAAGAUGGGAGCAAAGACAGUCGUGGGAUCUGGUCCCUAUUCAAACGUUAAGGAUGUGCACACCCUCCGGGAGAAGCUGUCUGAUGUUCUGGAUAUCCACUCUGUCACGGGGAUCAUUGUGGGAGUCUGCCUGGGGCUGCUCUGCAUACUCUUCUGCAUGUGUGCCAGCUUCCGCAACAGCAAGCAGAGGGAGGCCCUGCCAGGCCUGGACUCCCAGGCAGCCAGCAACCACACGUACUACCACCGGAGCAGGCAAGGGGUGGCAGCUCCCAGUGCCACCUUGGACUCACAUGAGCUAGAGUCCCUCAUGUCCCCACUCCCCGAGGAUGCGCCUGUGGCCCUGGGGGACAUCACAGAACUGACAGAAGUGCACAGCCUCAUCCACAUGAGCCUCCCUGAGGACGUUGUCCAUGGGAAGAGGAAGUCUUCAUGGAAUAAAUCAGCCAACCAGCCCUGGACAAACAGCAUAGCCAGGUACGGGGACACCAUCACGAAAGAGCCUCUCUCUGCUGUGAACGGAUCACUGAAGCUCGCUUCCAGCGCGGGACAGAAGCUUUUGUUACAAGCUCUCGUUUACGAUGCCAUGAUGAAUGAAGCUAAGAAAAACCACCCACCGGCCAGCCUCCACCAAGUAGAAGCAGAGGUCAUCGUCCAUUCUGAUUUUUCAGCCUCUGACAGAGACUAUGACUCCCAGCUGCACACCCUGGAGAGUGAAGAGACAGAAACCGAGGACCAGGAACCUGAAGAGCUCCCCUGCGGAGAGCUGACUCUUCCCAGCUCUCCCGGCACCCAGCAGGAUGCUAGCCACGUGCUGGGAGACUGCACGGGCAAUCCUGAGGUUCAGGCCCAGGACGAGCUGUUAUGUACCGACAGAAAGACUAACAGAACAGAGGCCGAUUGCAUCCGUGGGCUCACCAACGGCUUCCACAGGCACGGGGAAAGUCUGGAUUCAGUGGAGAGCGGAGAUUCGGACUCCAUCCAGGAAGGCAGGGGGGAUGUGCAGCCAGUCAAGUGCCAGUCACUUUCCCUGGCCCCAGAGGAGGCCCCCCUCUGUAGUAACUCUGGUUUAACCAGUUCAUCCUCAGCAUCUGAGAACAUGGCAUGUGUCCACAAUCAUUGAAGAGUGAACUAAUCUGAUUUUGAUCAUGGGAGAGCUAGAAGCACUAGUAAGGGCCUGUCCCUGUGAGGUACUGCAUGCCCUCGACUCACUGAGCCCGGCAGGAGCUAAGAAGGUGCAGCAUCUCACCAGAACAGGAUUUAGACUUGUCAGCUGUACAUAUUGCCUUCAAGAAAUCAGUAGGUAGAUUGGUAAGGGCCCAUCUUCUUCCCGCUGAAGCUGAUGAGCAACUUGGUUUUCUUGGGAGCAGGAUCGAGCCAUCUGCCGAAGUCUGACGUGAAACCACGGCUAGAACCUUCUGCGUUAGACUGGGGCUGUCACUUCGCUGUAGUCCUCGAGGCGACUGACAAGACGUCUUUUAAUGCUGGGAAGAGGCAGGGUACACCGAGUGAUUCUUCACGACGGUCUCUUCGCCAGGGAGCGCCUUGGCACUGCCUACUGCCUCGCAGCGUUGGGAUGAAUUUUGUCAGAGGAGUCCCGCAAGGCGGUGGAAGCCAACACAAACAAAUUCAGUGAGCUGUAACCACCAGCCUUUUCUGCCCUCCCGUGGUUAAAAGGAUUAUAAGGCUCUCUUUGUGCGCUACCGCAGUAACUAUUACUAGCAGGCUGAUGUAGUGGCCUUUUAUUACACACUCUACGAGUGCCUCUAACAACUUGUACUAUAUAGAACCUUCUUCAGUGUCUGGGUCAUUUCACCAACCUGGACUUUGUUUUAUGUAGGUUCUUGUACCUAAUAUUUUAGGUACACGUCUGUCCUUUUAAUGUACAACAUGUAUUUUUAUUUCCGUGGAACAUCUUUAUAUUAUUUAAUUUUAUAAAGUGGAGUAGUGUGUGGUAUAGAGUAGCAUUUUUACUACUUCUCUCUUUCUUUUUUUUUUUUUUCCCUCCCUAACAACACAACUACCUCAUGUCUGUUGGAGAAAAAAAGCAGUAGAUCUAGUCUUUUGUUAUAGUCCAUCAUAGGUUUUAACUUAUUCUUAUACUGCCUUUUUCUAAAGAAUAUGUUUGCACUGGUUGUUGGCUCUUUUUUAAUGCAUAGUGCUGCAGAUCUGGUGUCUCUCUUGCUUUGUUUCGGAGUGCUGCUGUAGGACACCUUCCUUACAGCUGGAGAGCUGGGUUGUGUUUCUCUGUAGGACUCUGUUUUGCAGGAGCUGGCCACAGGAGACUGCUUCAGCUGGCAGGAUGUUGAUCCAUCUUUCCUUAAGAACCUUAUACUAGCGAAGAGAAAAAAGAACCAACAAUUGCAAAAUUAACUUGUGAUCUCGGGGAAAAAGGAAACAACAAUUGCAAAAGUAAGAUGGGGACACCUAUUUCUUUUUUUUUUCUUUUGUGCUCAAGUGGAGACAUCUCAGAUGAUUUUGAUUUCCAGAGAGCAGCUCUCAGCCUCUGUAAGCAGUGGACUUGCUGAAGGCUUUGGAUGAACAGGUGAAAUUUUCUGGUCACUUCUGAGAGUCCUGGCCAAAGUGCUUUUUAUUUUGGCGUUUGUUUUUUUUUUUUUUAAAGACCAGAGCACCACCAGAGCUUAAAAAUUAAAAUCUAAUCCUCGCUUUCCUACCA